GCCCGCCCCGGGGCGGGAGGAGCUGGGGGCGCCGGCCGUGCUCCGCGGGCUGCGGGCGGGCAGAGGCGAGGGGCGAGCGGCGAGCUGCUCCGCGCCGGCCAUGGUCCCCGCGCUGCUGGCCCUCCUGCUGCUGCCGCCGCUGUCGCUGCUGCCCGGGGCGGGCGGACACUGCCCGCACCGCUGCGCCUGCAGCCAGGGCGCCCUGCGCUGCCCGCCGCCCCCGCACGGGGCGCUCCCCGCGCCCGCCCGCGCAUUAUUUACUCACCUGCCUGUAAAAGUAAUCCCAUCACAUGCAUUUGAAGGACUUAGAGAUGCCUUCAUCAUUGAAAUCUCUCAGAGCGACUCCCUAGAGAGAAUAGAAGCAAGUGCAUUUGACAGCCUUCCCACUUUGUCUGAAAUAUUAAUCCUGAACACAAAAAACCUGUUGCACAUCGAGGACGGAGCUUUCAGAAACCUUCCAAGGCUAAAAUACUUGAGCAUAUGUAACACUGGAUUAAGACUAUUUCCAGACCUGACACAGAUCUUCUCAUUAGAAGCUCAUUUUAUUUUGGAGCUCUGUGAUAACUUGCGUAUGACAACUAUACCACAAAAUGCUUUCCAGGGGAUGAACAAUGAAUCGCUGACACUGAAAUUAUAUAAAAAUGGAUUUGAAGACAUCCACAGCCAUGCCUUCAAUGGGACAAAGCUGAAUCAAUUAAUCCUGAAGGACAAUAAGAACCUCAGGUGGAUACAUGACGACGCCCUGAGAGGGGCCAUAGGGCCAGAUGUCCUGGAUGUUUCUUACACAGCGCUGGAGUCCCUGCCUAGUUACGGGCUCGAGGCCGUUCAAGUCUUAAAUGCAACGUCAUCUUACUCGUUAAAGAGACUGCCACCACUGGAUAAAUUCAGCAAUCUUCUGGAAGCUGUUCUAACGUAUCCCAGCCACUGCUGUGCUUUUCGAAAUCUAAGGACAGAAAAACAAAGUUCCUUGCUUUCUAUUUUUGACAACUUCUCCAAAGUGUGCGAAAGCACCAUGAGGAAACCAACAAACGAAAUAUUUUACAGAGAUUACUCUUACAACACAUCGCUGUGGUCAGCAGAAAAGAGUAUUUACCCAUUCGCAACAGAUGAAGAAACCUCUCCUUAUAGCUACUCAGCGAUUUUCGAUGACAGUGAAAUGACCGACUUUGACUUUGAGUAUGACUUUUGUCAGCCUAAAAUACUCACGUGCACUCCAGAACCAGAUGCAUUUAAUCCCUGCGAAGACAUCCUGGGAUACAGCUUUCUCAGAGUCCUGAUCUGGUUUAUCAACAUCCUUGCCAUUGCUGGCAAUUUCACCGUACUCCUUGUUCUCAUAACGAGCCAUUACAAGCUCACCGUUCCUCGCUUCCUUAUGUGCAACCUCUCCUUUGCCGAUUUUUGCAUGGGACUUUACCUGCUGCUCAUUGCUUCUGUCGACGCCCAGACGAGCGGCCAGUACUACAACCACGCCAUAGACUGGCAGACGGGCAGUGGCUGCAGCACUGCCGGCUUUUUCACCGUCUUUGCCAGCGAGCUCUCGGUGUACACGCUGACGGUGAUCACUAUCGAGAGGUGGCACACCAUCACCUACGCCAUGCAGCUGGAUCGGAAGCUGCGGCUGCGGCACGCCGUGCCAAUCAUGCUCGGCGGCUGGGUCUUCUCCAUUUUCAUAGCAGCGCUGCCUCUCCUCGGGGUCAGCAGUUACAUGAAGGUCAGCAUUUGUUUACCCAUGGAUAUCGAAACGAGUAUUUCCCAAGCCUACAUAUUGCUGAUCUUAGUGCUCAACGUUGUCGCCUUCAUUGUCAUUUGUGCUUGCUACAUUAAGAUUUACAUAGCUGUUCAGAACCCAGAGCUUGUAGCUGCCAAUAAAGAUACCAAGGUCGCCAAGAGAAUGGCAAUACUGAUCUUCACGGAUUUUACCUGCAUGGCCCCCAUCUCCUUUUUUGCCAUAUCCGCUGCCUUUAAAGUACCUCUCAUCACAGUGACAAACUCCAAGAUUUUGCUGGUUUUAUUUUACCCUGUCAACUCCUGCGCAAAUCCAUUUCUCUACGCGAUUUUCACCAAAGCAUUCCGAAGGGAUUUCUUUCUGCUGAUGAGCAAGCUUGGUUGCUGUAAGAGCCGAGCGGAGCUUUACAGGAUGAACUAUUUCUCUGCUUAUACCUCCAACUGCAAGAACGGCAGCUCAGCCCCAGGCCCCAGCAAAGCCUCACAAGUGCUGCUGCUCUUGUCGGCGUUAGAGAAGCCGUAUCCUGCAGUACGGGACAAGACACCUUGCAAUGAAAAUUAAACCAGAACACCAAUAGAUGCAGCGCUUUGCAAGGCCAGCUGUAAUUAUUCUAGUGACUAGGAAUUAUUUUACAAUAUCUUGAACAUUUCACAAUAAAUAAAAAUGCCAAUCAAUCCUUCUUAUGCAAUGUAACUGUUCCAAGGUCUGAAGUGUUAUUUCCCCUUUCUUCUUUUGUGAUGAGAGGCAAAACUCCUCUUUGGGGGGAAACCAGUGGAGCCCAGGAGUAGUCAAGGUGCUCUUGAAGUUAACAGAUACUGCAGUGAUUGCAAUCUGGCUCCUUUCUCUCCAAAUCUGCUUCCCUGGGGGUAUUUAAAGCCUGUCUGCUACCUUUCAUGCUCUCUUUUUCCACUCUUGUCAGCUGCACUGGCACCGCUGGGUUAAGGAAAGUGGCACUAAACUAGAUGCCUCCCUUCAUUUCAUCCACAGAAACUUCCAAUUACACAGCAACCUACACUUUGUUAAAGAACAGUGUUGAAGCAUUAGGUUGUAAAGAUGUCACCAAGGAGAAAAGUUGACCUGCUAAGCAUUUGUUACUAGCAAUUUCAAAAUUUAUAUCAGAUCUCAGUCUGAGCUGGUAGGUAAUUUACUUUAAAAAAAUUAACCCAUACACAACCGCAUACGAUCUGGAAAUCACAAGAGAUGCAACAGCUAUAAAACCCCACCUGCUGCGCACAUGACUGCAUUUGUGUACCACAGCGUGCAUGCACAAAUCACAGAAGCUGUAAAGGCUCCCUCUGAGCAGCAGGAAAGCUGCUGUCUGCACAGGUAAAUAAGCACUGCCUUGUUUUCUCUUCAGGGACAGUCCCAUGAAUUAUUUUCAGCUGCCUGCUCUCCGGCAUCGCGACUGCCAGUGGCAUUCAGGAUGCACUGAGGACUCCUCAGCACUCACAGUCUGACUCCAUUCCCAGCUGAUGAAGCACAGUAGUUACUUUUUAGUGACUCUGUUUUCCCAUAAAAAUCUAUCUUUUCUUUCACUAUGCCUUGCCUGAUGCUAAGGAGAUCCAGAUUUGUGGCCACAUUCCUAAUUUAAGUAAGAAUGGAGCAUUCCUCCAUUAUUGCAGCAUACUUGCUCUGUCCAUGGCAAAUAAGCUGUCACACUUACGUGGUUCACUUGCCGUGAACCAACAUGACGCUGUGCUGAAGCUGGAGGUUCAGAUGUGUGAGCUCUUACCUGCAUCAUAUGGGUCAAACAAUCCCUCCUGAGAGCCAAGCUGCAGGUUGCACCGAAUGCCCUGUGGGGGUCUGCCCCAGGCACAUCUUGAGGAUGCCACGCUGUGUACUGCCUGGUCUUCUGAAAAUGAGAGGCUUAGUUAUUGGAAAUUUCACAGUCCUGUGGGCAAAAGGAGAUGUAAAAGCUGCAGACUGCAGAUCAAGCCUCUUAGGUGGCUUAUUCUUGGCAGGUUGGUUACAUUGCCUCUGAUGGGAGGAACACACGAGCGCUUACAUUUCAAACCAAUAUGGUAGCAUGAAACCUACACUUGGCAGUUCAUGGUCCACAGAGGAUGAAAAAGUAAAAGCAAAUACAUUUUCUUUGAGCUUGUAGCCAAAGUUUUAGCAUCUUCAAUCCCAUUCUGUAGAUGAUAAGCUAUCUGAAACCAGAUCCUCAUCUGGUAUAAUACAAACCUGCCCUGCACUCAGCAGAGCUGUGCAGCUGUGUAAGAUCGUGCUUACUCCAGAAGAGUCACAGCCUAACAGUUCUUGCCAGCCACCGAAAGUGCAGGCUCUGAUACAUAAGAAAAUGGUAUUACUGCAAUCUCUUUAAACUUCUUACAUAUUCCUUCUCAACUGAGUCCUUUUCUUGCAAGUCUGUGACAGCAACAGAGUAAAAAUCUGCAUUCCAAAGCACACCUCUUAUUGCCAAAACACUGCAUUGCAAAUUAAAUUUGCUUCGCGUUAACAAGUGAUUCUUUGUACUAGUGAGUGGUUUAUCAUAAUUGUGUUAAUUAGAAAUAACAUCUCUGACCCUCUCUUACCUUCAGCUUAAUGCCGUGAUUUCAAUCAGUAUAAAACCUCUGUACGCAAGCAUAGCUGUACUCACAAGCAGUUUGCAC